UCCAACUCGCUACGGCUGUCUACUACCCCUUCUCACUUCCCCCUCUCUCCUUUCAAUUCAACCCUUUCCCCCCAACCGAACUGCCGCCAUGUUCUUCUGAGCCAGGAUGACAGUCAGACGGACAGAAGAGAGUCAGGGACACAGUCUGUGACUAAAAACCACGAUUUAACUCUGCUUUUCGGAGUAUGAUCGAGAGGUUUUAACACCACUGAACAUUUAGAAAAGUGGAUAUCUUCUGAUUUUUAUCUUUAUUUGAGACGUUCGGAUUUACAGCGACAUCGGUUUGUCCGGAUGUUACAGCGCUAGAUAUUUGGUUUUCCUACGGCGUAGGCACCUUUUAUGAAGGCAGAUCUUUUUACAUUUUGUGGUGUUGGAGGGGACGAAUAUACGAACACAUCAAUUCCAUCUGUUAAAAGCUUUUUUUUAAACUAGAACAUAAGCGGACUAAAUGUGUAAUUUAUGUGAAAUAGAAGAACACAUUCCAACAUUCGUUCGUACCUCUGAAUGGAGGACUAGUAAUACCAACGGGAUUUAAUUGAUGUUUUGGACGUUUAACUGAUUAUCAAAUAAUCACAGUUUGCUGUCAACAAGGUUUUAAGACGAGGAAAAGGGAAAUAUUAUUGGUUUCUUCUCCGAAGCCCUACCGUGAACGUAUUGCAACAUGACGGGCUCUACCCCGGCAGACAUGAUUAAUCUACGUCUUAUCCUGGUCAGUGGGAAGACGAAAGAGUUUCUGUUCUCUCCCAACGACUCGGCUGCGGACAUCGCCAAACACGUCUAUGACAACUGGCCAAUGGACUGGGAGGAGGAGCAGGUCAGCAGUCCCACCAUACUGAGGCUCAUUUACCAGGGACGGUUUUUACAUGGAAACGUCACGCUAGGAGCUCUCAAACUGCCCCUGGGGAAAACCACAGUGAUGCAUUUAGUUGCCAGAGAGACGUUGCCUGAGCCAAACUCCCAAGGUCAGAGGAACAGAGAGAAGACUGGCGAGAGUAACUGCUGUGUCAUCCUGUAAAAACACCUCCCUCUUUCAUUGCCCCCCCCAUCUGUCCUCCUCUCCUGUCCUGCGGUCUGUGACACUGCUACACACACCCACACAUGACACUGUCCGCCUGCCCCCGUCCAUCUCCAACACACAGCCUUCUGUGUCCUCUGUAGCAAUACAGUGUGUGUGGCCCUGUACCUCUCAGACUUAACCACUAAACACAUAAACCUACUUAAACACACACACACACAGUCACAUCCCCCACACACCCACGUUUCCAGAUGUGCUGUUUAGAAAACAUUGUCUGGUCAGAACCCACCGACACACACACACACACACGCACACACUUAUGUCCUCUUUACCCCACCCUCCUUUAUCUCUGCUGUAUAUCCAGUUAACCAAUCAGCAGUGUAUUGACUGACAGAUGUACUAUAUUAUUCACUCAUGAAAGUUAUUACCAAUGCCUAACAAACAAACACAAAAAAACAAACAAACAAACCAACCAACCAACCAACCAACGACCUUGUCGUCGUUGUUGUUGUUUGUCUAUAAUAACAUGUUGUUGACUGUGUUUUUACAGUCUCUCCUCUAUCAGACCCCUUGUCCCCCUAAACGACGGGAAAGAGAGACAGAAUAUCCUUUCCUCAUCUUCCCUUUUCUACCUGAACCCCAGAUCUCUCUUAUUCCCCCUUAUUCCCCUGGGAACCACAGACACAAUAUGCCUCUUUCAUCUUGUUGUUUUCUAACCUGACAGAAUGACAAGCCAAAUAGACAGGUCACCCAGCCUCCCUUCUUUUCUAUGAGCCCAGGUUUGCGGUGCGUAAGGUGCGCUUGCCAAUCAAAGCCAGGGGAGAGAAUCUGUCUGAAACAAAAAGUGUUCUUGUUUCCUUCAAUGUCUUCUUUCCCUCCUAAUCUCUUUCUUCUUUAUGUAAAAACAAAAACAAAAAACCAAGACAGAAAGAAAGAUGAGUAAAUUUUUGCACAAUCACUCUGAACGCAUGUGCCCACCCCCUCCCCUCCCCCAAUGAACAACAUGUUAAAAAAAAAAAAAGAAGAAGAAAAAAAUAGAAAAAAAAAACAUUUCUUAUUUUAUUUUAUAUUUUUCCAAUGGGAAUAAAGAAGGUAACAUAAUGUGUAGAAUAUAUUUAAUAUGAAUCUUAUAUAGAACAUGAUGUUGCCUCUAGAUUAUGUUGGUACAGCACAUCGUCCUCGUGCCGUGUCAGUGUGUACCAUGGUUUGCUAGAUAGCUUCCUAGGCUGUUCAAACAGCGUGCUGACAGGGCCAGUCCCAAAAUGGCUGCUUGUUGCACUGCACACUGUCGGGGAAUAGGGUGGCAUUUAGGACCCGGGGCGACAUCUUGUAAUUCAAGCAGCGAAACAACAACCAUCCUCCUAAUCAGCUGGCAUACACAACUAUUGUAAACAUGUUUUUAUUUCUCUCUUUUUUUCAACUGUUCAUAAUUUAAUGCUAUUGUUUAGAUUUUAUUUAAAAUUUUGUUGGCGUUCUAUCAACACUAGGUCUUAAGAUCGUGCAUCCCAAAUGGCAGCCUAUUCCCUACAUAGUGUACUUCUGUGCCAGGCCUGCAGGGAGUAGGGUGCCAUGCUGGACGCAGCCAGAGUAUAGUUUUUCUUUAUCCAGUGAUCAGGGUUCCAAGCUGUACAGUGACAAUAUAAAACAAAAAAAAACAUUUUCAAACUAAUUGUAAAUAGCACUAAUCUCAUGCUUCUUCCUUCUACCCUCUUCCAAACUUCAAAUGGAACAAAUACAAAUGUAAACUAAAUAAAGAUUAUUGAAGUGCAGCAUU